UUACCCAGAAGAAGUACACAUUUGAAUGGGGGGAAGCAGAAUCGAAAGCUUUUGAGGAAGCCAAAAUAGCCAUUCAAACUGCCCUGGAUCUUUGGCCUGUACAGCCAGGGCCAAUGGAAUUGCAAGUUACAGUCUUACAUGGAUAUGCUGAUUGGAGUUUAUGGCAAAAACAACAGGGCAGGAAUGUUCCUUUAGGGUUUUGGUCGCGGAAACUGCCACCUGCUGGCCAAAAUUACACUCCCUUUGAACAACAAUUAUUGGCCGCAUAUUGGGCACUGGUAGAAACAGAACACUUAACUUUAAAUCAUGAAGUUAUAUUGAGGCCAGCCGUACCCAUUAUGAGUUGGAUAAUGGGGACCCCUGCCUCACAUAAAAUAGGACAUGCUCAAGAAUCAUCAAUUAUUAAAUGGAAGUGGUAUUUGCAAAAUAGAGUUAAGACAGGCAGGCCAGGUGUUUCCGCAUUACAUGAGAAGGUGUUAGAAUUACCAAAACAUUCAAAUGAUAUCAACAUACCUAAAACUUAUGAACAAUCGCCUGUCUCUUGGAACAGCGGGUAUGAUUCGCUAUCCCCUGAACAAAAGAAUCAUGCUUGGUUUACGGAUGGGUCGGCCAAAUAUAUAGGAUCCAAAAGGUGUUGGAAAGCUGUAGCCUAUAAUCCUUCAUGCAAUACUAUUCUGGAAAGCUCUGGUGAAGGUCGGAGCAGCCAAUGGGCCGAGUUAGUAGCUGUCUAUCAAGUAAUUCAAAAGGAACAAGGUGGUCAAUGUCAUAUAUAUACUGAUUCCUGGGCUGUAGCCAAUGGCCUAGUAGUUUGGAUGCCAAUUUGGAAAAAACAUGAAUGGAAAAUCAGAGACAAAGAUGUAUGGGGGAAGGAACUAUGGGAACAAAUAUGGGAAUGGUGUCAAUGUACUAACGUAUCUGUGUUUCAUGUAGAUGCCCAUGUAAAUCAAGAUUCUGUGGAACGUGAGUAUAAUGCUCGUGCUGAUGAAUUGUCCAAACUUCAAGGAAAAGCUCUAAAGGUUACCCCCAGAGAGGAGGAAAGCGAUAAACAAUUAGGAAAAUGGGUCCAUAUCACCGCAGGACAUCUUGGCGCUCUUGCAUCUUACAGUGUUUUACAGUGUUUGCCUGUUGCAUGCUGAUUGAAACAUGGACGCCGGGGUCCCUGAUACGACCGCGUGGGUCUCAAAUUCGUUUAAGAUAGAGAAAUCAUACAGUUGACCGGCACCAGGAUGAAUUCACCUGUCCAGCUAAUGAAAACUGCAAUGUAGCUAAUUGGACUGUGUAUAAUGGCACUUUUUAUAGAGCCCCCGUGCCUGUCUAUGCCCUCUUGAAGGGGGCUUACCCUUUGAAUUUGACUAUAAGCACUUUGGUAAAUAUUACAUGCUGUAUAACCACUUUUAAUUUCACCACCCCAGAAUCAAGGUUUGGGCCUCUAUGGAUUCGGAUACGGGAACGCUGCAACACCUGGAACAUAUCUAAUCCCUCGGAAAAUUUAGAGUUGAAUGUCACAGGCCCCCAGCAGUAUUUAUUAUGUACUAAUGCCACUGUUAUUGCCAAUCGGACUACUUGGGCACAACACCUCUUGUUGUCUCCCGUUUCUACUCCUACCUUCCAGAGUCCCCUGGAAUAGUUCGUGUUCCCAAAUCAUGUAUUAAUGCUUCUAUCUCACAACACAAAAUAGUGUUUCACUAUAAUGUGACUUUUCCCCCUUUAGCAAAUUGUGUUAGAAGAAAGAGGGCCUGGUAUGAUACAUUGCUUGGUAGUGCGGGAACUGGUUUGGGUAUAGUUAAUUCUGUAGACCUUGAGGCCUUGGCCAGCAGACUGCGCAGUGCUGGACAAGAUGUUUCUCAAGCUUUGACUGUAAAUGCACAAUGGUUACCCACAAGGAUCCUGCCACACCAAAAUACACUACAGUACCAAAACCAAUUUUUGCAAGUCUUCAAUGAUAGUACCCUUGUUAAUUUAGACCUUAUGGAAAACAUUAGUAUGUUAUUUAAUUGGACUAAAUGUUCUUUACAAAACCUAUAUACCCUCAUACAAAAGGAAAAUGCCCAAAGAUUACUACAGGAAGGUAACACUCAAAUAUGGAACAAUAUACUUGACUUGUCAAAAGUAUGGAGAAAGCCAAAACCUGAAAAUAUCGAAUGCACCCCGUAUUGGUGCACUGGGACCAUUGUACUCUACCGAGUUAAAACCUGGACUGUCAUGUGUCAAUUUCAUGUAAUACCUUUUGUCUUAUACAAAUAUUUUGCUUUACCUCAUAUCUAUGGAAACUAUAUAGAUUGGUAUAAUGUAACUCAUACUUUAUCUGAUUGUAUUGUAACUGAUGGAGGGAUAGUUUGUGGGAUGAUGACUCGGCAGAUGGAACCCUGCCUUCUCUCACAUUCAUCCAAUCUGUGCGAUCUGACUCUAUUUCCAGUGAAUAACUUUUCUAUGAUAUAUGAAGUAUCUACCCAACACAUUUGUAUAGCCUCCAAUAAUCACACUGAUCUUCUAUCUGUAGAUGUUACUGCUAUUCCAUUUUCCGGUUGUCUAUCUAAUGUGUCCUUCCUAUGUUGGCGAGGAAAUAAUUUCUAUUUUUCACCCGACACUGAUAUAGUUACAAACUUUGCUUGGGUACCCCAGUCUUUGCCUCUACCCCAUGUGUCUCUAUCCUUAUAUCCCCUUAUAAAUAUCUUGAAUCAGUCAGCUGAAAUCAAAAAGUUAUUAGAGUCCAACCAACGCGCGUUAAAUGAACAUCGAAUACGGACUCUUAUAACCGCUGGAAGACUAGUUGAAGCUUCACAUUUAGUGACCUCAGAUACUAAUCAUCAUUGGUAUGAUUUUCUUUUUAAAUCUUCUACUGCUGCUAUGUAUUUUAAUUCCUUGGCUAUUCCCAUACUAAUACUUGCUUUGUUCUUUUUAUGUCUUUGUAUAUGCAAUUAUUAUAUGUAUAUCAAAAUAGCCACUAUAUACACUCACGUCACACCUUUGCCCUUCACCUAUUAUUCUCAUGAUCUUAAGGCCAAAUGAAAUGGAAAUUGAAAAUUCCCCUUUAAAUUAAUAAGAUCAUUCACAUAAAUAGGUUCAGUUCAACUCCCGGCCAUAACCGUUCUAUAACCCCUGAGUGUUCUUGGCUUAACAUUCCAGGAACUAGCCAUUCCUAGGUCACCUCGACCCAGAGGGUUGGCUUCCCUCCCUGCGAAACGUGAUGUUAUUAAGGAAAACAAGUACCAAGCCUCAGGCGGAUGGGACGUGGCUGGGCCAGAUGUGUACUGAACAAACCAUGAAUUGCGCACUCGCCAAAAAACCUCUUGGCUCCAAGCCUUCUUUGUUUAGAACAGUAUAAAAAAAUCUACGUCCUGUAAGCCCGCUGAGCCUCACCCCCGGGAAGGACGCUUCGCCCGGGAAAACUCUUUACACAAUUCAAGUUUGCAUGGGCUGUAACGGGGCUCCCAGCCGCUGAUCUACCUUGGAGGUUCCCUUGAAUUGGUGAUGUAUUCUCUUUCUUUACCGAUUAUCUUGAUUGGUGUUGUGUUAUUGGUUAUUCUCAUUAUUGUAUGUUUUCUAUGCAAAUUUAAGCUAUCUGUGCCUUGCCUUUUCUAAAUAAAUUUCCAUUUUCUAUUUUC